AUGCCCGCUGAGUAUCGUAUGAGGACCACUCAGUCCGACAGCAGUCAGGUUCCAGUAGGAGCUAGAUUGGCCAAAGCUUGCAACCGUUGUCAAGCACGAAAGAUAAAAUGUGAUGGAGCAUUACCACGUUGCGGUCCAUGUAGCAAGACCGGAUUAGAAGAUUGUAACAUCGAAGAGUGUGUAUUAUGGACACAACAACAUGUCGCACAGCUUGAAGAAAGGAUUGAAUGGUUACAUGGUCUGGUGGCUCAUACCUACGAAGCUGGAGAGUGGAUAGGAGGAGUCAAAACGGGCACUAUCUUACAACCGAAACCUAUCAAGGAGUAUGCGUCAGAACCUCUGGUCGAGGAGGUUGGGUUGCUUAGCUUGCGUGCAAACGGGUCUUAUAUCGGGAGUAUGUCCGGUGUCACCCUUACCCGACUGAUAUGUACCGCACUUCGACUAGAAGAACAAGACGAACCUAUCAUCACCGUAGAAGAUGUUCCAGUCAGAUCGACCCUUAGUCGAGCACCUUAUCCACCUCGUAGUCUGGCUGUAGAAUAUAUAACGCGAUAUACUCAACGAAUCCAUCGAUGGUACCCCUUCCUCGAUCUUAACCACCUAGCGGAAACCCUAUCUUCAGUUUAUGAUCGAGGUACUCAACCUGAUGAUUUCGGUCGGUUCACUCUCAACAUGAUCUUCGCUCUCUCAAGCCCUAUUCCCCCAGAUCAAUAUACACCGGCCGAGUAUUUUCGAGCCGCCUUGGGUCUCAUGACUGCAAUACUGGCCCAAGGGUCUUAUGAUACUGUCCGAGUACUCCUUCUCUUAUGUUUGUACGGAUUACGGUCAUGGGAAACACCAGGGGUGAAUUGUUGGCAAAUCAUCGGUCAUGCGACACGUAUCGGAAUUGAGCUGGGUCUUCAUCGACAUCGUUAUCGUGGUGGUAGUGAGGAGAUUGAAAAUGAGUCGAGACGGAAGUUAUGGUGGUCCACCUAUUCACUUGAACGCCUCAUUGCUAGUGGUUGUUGUCGAGUCCUUUCCAUACCGAUCGAUCAAUAUGCUCCUCGAGACUCAGUCUUGAUGGUCCCUCCAGCACUACAACCAUUUCUCCGGGCGGAAGCAUGGCAAAUCGAUCUACGACCCUCCUUGCAUCUAAUAGAACAACGCAGUCUACUUGGUGAAGUCCUGGAAUGUGUCUACACGACACGACCUAGAGAUCGACCAUCCCCACCCAUCGCUGAAACUUCUGCUCGUGUGAUGCAGAUACAAGCUCGACUGGUCACCUGGGCUCAAACCACACCCUUGGUGGUUCAAACAGACACGAUAGAACAUGAUGUCCUUCAAUUGGCUUUUCACCAAGCCACAGUCUUACUUCAUCGACCUAGUCCAAGUUUUCCUAACCCCGCUCCGGACGUACUAGACGUUUGUCUAGGUGCAGCUAGAAGGACCAUACAUGUUGGGCAGGUUUUCAAAUGA